AUGUCGUCGGGGCGGUACAUGGCCUACUCGCCCUCGCCGUCGACCACCCCGCACUCCCCCCGCAUCGCCGGCCUCCGCACCCCCUCUGCCGCCGUCGCAGAACAGGAGAAGUACCUUGCCGAACUGCUCGCGGAGAGGCACAAGCUUGGCCCGUUCAUCCCAGUGAUCCCGCAUAGUGUGCGGUUGCUGAAUCAAGAAAUUUUACGUGUUUCCACACUAUUGGAGAACGCGUCCCUUUUAAAUCAAAGUGGCCUUGAACAUGGUAGUCCACUAACAACGGGAGGAUUGUAUUCAAAUGGAGCAGCUACUGACAUGAAUGGGUGGACAUCAGCGUUUCAAUCAGAAAGUUCACCAGCUUAUAGCUGGCUUGGAGGAUCACAAGGCAGCUCCUCUGGACUUAUUGUCAAGAAAACAAUGAAGGUCGAUAUCCCAGUAGAUAAAUAUCCAACAUACAAUUUCGUUGGCCGCAUCCUUGGUCCAAGAGGAAAUUCCUUGAAGCGGGUGGAGGCAAAUACAGACUGCCGCGUACUGAUAAGAGGUCGCGGCAGCAUCAAAGAUCCAGCACGGGGGGAAAUGAUGCGAGGGAAGCCAGGAUAUGAACACCUGAAUGAACCCCUUCAUAUAUUGGUUGAGGCAGAGCUACCUGUUGAAAUCAUUGAUGCUCGCCUGAUGCAAGCCCGCGAGAUCCUUGAAGAUCUGCUAAAGCCUGUGGAUGAAUCCCAGGACUUCUUCAAGAAGCAGCAGCUACGGGAGCUUGCAAUGCUUAAUGGCACCCUUCGUGAGGAAGGGAUGCAGAGAUCCGGUUCAGCGUCCCCUUUCCACAACAGCCUUGGAAUGAAGAGAGCUAAGACAAGGGGGUAA